CCGCCGCCGCCGCCGCUCCGCCGCCCAUGAGCCGCCUGGGAGCCCCGCCAGCUGUCGCCGAGGCGCAUGGAGAGCGCGGCCGCCUGUGUGUGCUCGGUUCUUUUCUUACAUCUUCCUCUCAUCUCUGGAAGCUCCAUCCACAUUGGAAUAGGCAGCAAUUAUUCCAAUCUCUAUGAAGGCAGCAUUCUGCCCUGUAAAAAAGAAGAACUACAGUGUGGCAACGGACUCUGCCUCCUGAACUGGCUGCGCUGUCACUACAAGAAGGACUGUGGCAGAGACUACAUGUCCAUCAAACUAACAUGCUCAAAAGUUCACUUCAACCAGAGCAGCCCUAUCAGUGAAUUUCCUGGCUACAGUGAAAGCGGCAAUGACACCAGCUUGCUGGUCUCCCCCCUCCUGGUAGCUGGAGUAGUGAUUGGACUUGUGCUGUUUCUAUCCUGUGUGACAAUCAUUGUUGGCAGCCUGAGAAAGGAUGGACGCUUAAGACACCCACACCCGAGGAGAGAAGCUAAUUAUGCUCCAGAUGGCUUCUCCUACGGUGGCUCAAUUGGAGAACUGAGAUCCACCUGCACAGAGGAGUUCCCACCAGCUUUCGACUUUGGUUCCUACAUGGAGACUCUCUCUCAGGUCAAUAUCAUGUAUCCUGACUCACCUCCAUGCUACGAUGAGUGCAUUGGGCCUGGAGCGACACAAAUCUAUAUUCCUACAGAUGAUCCUCCACCCUAUUCUCUGACAGAUCCUUGUCAAAGGAAUGAAUUGUCUAUAAACAUUAGCUUGGAAGAGGAGGCAGCCUCUGGGACUACAGGAAGGUCUUCUAAUUAUCCAGUCAGACUGCAGGACUUGCAGCAGCCCAUAUCAUCAAUUUCUUUGACAGCACUCACUCUCGAGGCUGUCCCCCCAUAUGAGACGGUUGUGUGUGAACAAAAUAGGCCCAUUCCUCUGGUUCCAAUGGAUGUGCUGAAAAAUUCUUCAACUGACUGUCAAACCCUUCUCAACCAAAUCAUCUAAAUACAAGUGGCUCUUUCCACCCACUAUUUAGGAGGAGUCUGUCAGGAUGAGAAAAUGAGGUUUAAACAGAAGAAUAAAACCCAUAAAACUUGUAUCUAUUUUAUAUCUUUAAAUGAGGCUGGAUUUUUUUUAAACAGUGAAUUUUGAAAGUUUAGGUAAACUUUUAUCUUUGGGCUUUGAAUUAUUCCCUGGUGUCUCAUAUAAACAACUGCAGAAUAAAGCAACAGCAACAAGCAGUGCAUCCAACCUUUUUUAAGCAUUUGAAAACACAUUCAAGUCAGCCACUGUUAAUGUAGAUACAUGUUAACCAAUUGACACUAUUUGUCAAUGUUAUAGUAUUUGCAUGUUGUAGAGCAAAGAGAGAAAGAAGAGUUUUUUGUUGUUUGUGUACAUCAUUGGUACAUUAUAACAAAUGUCUUAGAAAUAAGAAAAAAACUAUAAUUUAUAAAGCAUUUUUUAUUUAAAUAUAUUUCAAGUAAACAGGCUGGAUAGUAUCUGGAAAAUGUGGUUAUCAUAACUACUCAUCUACUCAAAGGUGAUGAAAGAUGGUAUUUUGCUAUUCUUAACCUUUACAUAUAUCGGCUACCAUGAUUUUGAUGCCAUUCCAAAGAGUGCCAAUCCCACCUCAAAAUAAAAAAAAAUAUGGGAGUGUUAGAAAUGUCAAUGGACUCACAGAAAUGCUAAUUGGCUAGACCUACAGCAAUGGGUUUCCAGAAUUGCUAAUUGAUGAGGAAGGCCUAUGACAGUCUUCCUAGAAGCUCUUCCUGAUGGGGUUGAUACCUGUGCAAAUUCCAUUACAGCAUGGUGGCUUGGCAUAGCCAUGGUGGGAAAGGUGUUUUGAAAUACUAGCAGGUAGGUUAGGCCUGUUUCUCGUGGUACAAAGCUGCAUUUCCAGGCAUUAGCUAGUCGUCUUUCACAGUUAUAAGCCUACAGUGCGUUCGAGGGAUCAUGAUCUUUCCCUGCAGUAAUUGCCAAAGUGCAAAGUUAAUAAUAGAUGCCAGGACUUGGCAUGCACAAUGACAUAGUGAAUCUUAUUUUGCAAAAACCCCUUUAAUCAUUCAUGAUCUCUCACUGCAAUUUAGCUGUCCAUAAAUCUUGCAUCUGUUCUUAGAUCUCUGUCACUCAUAUAUCUGAGAGAAAUUGACUC